UCUUAUCAUUUAAUGUUUCAUCUUUCAUUACCAUAUUCAAUGCAUCUAAAGUUCCGACAAAUAAAGAGAAAUGGAUCAGCUACUAUGGAGAGUAUUGCCACUGUUAACACUCCUAAUUUCAUUCUCACUAUUCUUCUAUUUACAAUCUCCUAUUAUAAAGUUACCAGGAGAUGAGUGCAGUCUUCUUCCAUAUAGUCAUUAUUGGAUAUCCAGCAAACGUAUUUUGACUUCACAAGGAUUCAUUUCUGGAUCAGUGGAGAUAAACGAAGGGAAGAUAGUUUCUAUUGUUGAAGGUUAUGGCAAGAAGGAUAAUUCUGUGCAUCAAGUGAUUGAUUAUGGAGAUGCUGUUGUCAUGCCUGGCUUGAUUGAUGUGCAUGUACAUCUUGAUGAACCCGGGAGAACUGAUUGGGAGGGAUUUGUUACUGGUACCCAAGCUGCUGCUGCUGGAGGUGUAACUACCGUCGUUGACAUGCCUCUAAACAAUCAUCCAACAACCAUGUCUAAGGAAACGCUAGAACUUAAGCUUGAAGCUGCAGAGGAUAAAAUCUAUGUCGAUGUUGGUUUUUGGGGAGGCCUGGUUCCUGAAAAUGCACAAAAUACCAGUAUUCUUGAAGGUCUCUUAGAUGCUGGUGUUCUUGGUUUAAAGUCUUUCAUGUGUCCUUCAGGAAUUGAUGACUUCCCGAUGACUACUAUUGAACAUAUCAAGGAGGGAUUGUCUGUGUUGGCAAAAUACAGAAGACCUUUACUUGUGCACUCCGAGAUUCAACAAGAUUCUGAAAGUAGUUCGGAACUUGAAGGUAAUGGCGACCCUCAUUCUUACAAGACAUAUCUCGACACUAGGCCACCUUCUUGGGAGGAGGCAGCCAUUAAAGAACUUGUAGAUGCUACAAAGGAUACUAGAAUCGGUGGUUCUUUAGAAGGAGCACAUGUUCACAUUGUCCACUUGUCUGAUUCAAGUGCUUCCUUGGAUCUUAUUAAGGAAGCAAAACGCCGUGGGGACAGCAUCAGCAUCGAAACUUGCCCCCAUUACCUAACAUUCUCAUCUGAAGAGAUACCAGAUAAAGAUACUCGUUACAAGUGUUCCCCGCCCAUUCGUGAUGCAUCAAACCGAGAAAAGUUAUGGGAGGCUCUACUGGACGGACACAUUGACCUAUUAAGUUCUGAUCAUUCACCAACUGUACCUAAACUCAAGCUUCUUAAGGAAGGUGACUUCUUGAAAGCGUGGGGUGGCAUAUCAUCUUUGCAGUUCGAUCUUCCAGUGACUUGGUCAUAUGGGAAGAAGCAUGGGUUAACUCUAGAAAAAUUAUCGUUAUUGUGGAGCCAGAAACCUGCAAAAUUAGCGGGGUUAGAAUCAAAGGGAGCCAUUGCAGUUGGAAAUCAUGCAGAUAUUGUAGUGUGGCAGCCAGAGGUGGAGUUUGACCUUAACGACGAUUAUCCUGUUUUCAUUAAACAUCCUAGCCUGUCUGCAUAUAUGGGAAGUAGGUUAGCAGGAAAAGUUUUGGACACUUUUGUGAGAGGAAACCUUGUCUUUAAGGAUGGUAAGCAUGCUCCUGCUGCCUGUGGUGUUCCGAUUCUAGCCAAAUGAAUUGGUUAAGAACAUGAUGCUAUUCACCUUGUGACAUAAAUAAGAGGUGAAAGUAGCUGUUGGCAUCAGUGAUUAAGCUAGAUUGUAGCUUGUUUUGUUGCUGUAUCCGUUUUGACGCUGAGGAUAUUUAUGUAUGUAUAUAUGCGUGCGUGUUUCUAUAUUAAAUAAAUGUUAAUAAGAACGGUGUCGUGUCAUGUGCAGAUACGUCUUCGCCAAGAAAAAGUAGCAGUAGCAGUAAAUUUAAAGUACUUGACUUGAAAUCAUGCUAUUCGGUUACAUUUUUUGAUUUGUCUGGUUGAGUUUUACUUUAUUUUGAACUACGUUCUUAAAACAAUUUCUCAUGUCUUCGUUGGUUAAUUCCUUAUUAUUUGGACGAUAUCAUCUGUAUUUCUGUUGAAACUCUAGCCAACAUUAUUGAUCUCAGACAUCACUAUGGCCACCUGAGAAGCUAUGGUUAUGA